GUAUCAUGGAAGUACUACGUCUGGCAUGGGGCUUUUUAUGCCUUGUAAUUAUUCUACCACRAGCAGACUCUGAGUCAAUGGAAUGGACAUUACCUUCAACGACGACUGUAAGACAAGGAGAAAAUGUCACAUUAACUUGGUUAGCUGAUUUAAAACAGUUCAGUUUUCCAAACCAUCUAUGGACCUAUUCAAAAACUAUCCAAAAGAUCGGAGGGGUAUCAAGGCAGAUGUUGAGAGUUUCCAAAAGAACWGGACGGUUUGUUUACAGCUUCUUUCAAAAUCGAGACUCUGAGUUAAUUUUGAAUGUAACUCAAAAUGGAACUUUGGCGAAAAUCAAGCUAACAAUGUUGAACGUUAACGCAACGACUGAUGAUGCUGAAUAUACCGCUUUGUUAGGCCAGGAAGAAAAUUCUGARCAGGCUCCCUUGUUCACCAAACUUAUUGUGUAUGAAUAUAUUUACUUUGCCAAUCCAAAGACUAUAGUUACAGUGAACGAAGGAGAUUCUGUAACCCUGACAUGUAGCCCUUUAACUGGCCUACCUAUUCCGACACUUAACUGGACAAAAGAUGGUGUAAUAGUUCAAACAGGGAGCUCACUUACUACUCCAGCUAUGAAUCAUAAUAACAAUAAUGAAUGCUACACGUGUGUUGCAUAUAAUGGAAUCGUGGAUGCAAAGACUGCUAACUUUUGCAUGAAUGUGCAAUAUCGACCACGAAAUGCAACUAUAACCGUUGAUAGAACAUCUGUGUGUCAACAUGACAGAGUUAAUAUGUCAUGUCAAUCAGSACCAGCAAAUCCAGUAACUUCAAGCUACAAAUUUUACCACAACGGAGUGCUUGUCCAAAACAGCUCAAACAAUGUCUACAGCACCAAUGCAACGUACGGUUUGCCAAAUCUCAAUACGUUCACCUGUAUCCCAAACAAYCUUCUAGGCGAUGUUUUAGAAAAUUCCACAAUCGAUGUCAACGCUAAAGUUGCUCCAGUGAUUAUGCAUAUAACAAGCAACUCAACCGUUGUCGAGGGCUCGGAUUUCAACUUGACGUGUGACGUAUCUGGAACACCACCAGUUAUUGUAACUUGGUCAAAAGCCGGACAACCAGACCUUCAAGGUGGAUUACUCUCUUUGAAGAACAUAACUCGUGAUGAUGAAGGAAUCUACCGCUGUACAGUUACAAAUGGCGCUGAAUGUCCUUCAAGAAGUGCAAGAAUCAACCUGACCGUAUACUACAAGCCUGAAUCUACUACUUUUACAAAUUUACUAAACAAGCACCGAUUCUGUAAAGGAAAUACCACAACAUUAGUUUGCAAUUCGACUUCUARACCACCAGCAGAAUAUUCAUUGUAUCGAAAUGGUCAGCUAGUAAAAAGCAGGAGCACCAGUGGAUUCUUCACUGUACCAUUAAGUGAGACUGGAGACAAUACGUUUGAAUGUGUACCAAAUAACACCGUUGGCCUUGGACCAAAAAAGAGCAUCCAGCUUUUUGUAGCAGAUCCUCCAUUGAUCAUCGUGUCACCUGCAAGUGUAAUCCUUAUCGARGGACAGGCAUUGARGCUGUUUUGCAAUGCCUMCGGACAUCCAGCACMAAACAUAACGUGGUACAAGAAUGGUGGGAGCGUAAUACAACAUGGUAAUACCUUGAGUAUCAAUAAAUCGGCCAGGGCAGACGAAGGAUCUUAUCGAUGUGUGGUGAACAACGGAGAAGAAUGCAACACCGACAGUGCAGUUGCGGUCGUCACGGUCAACUAUAAACCCGAUUCAACCAAGUUUUCCAAUGCUCCCAGCGCAGAGCGAUUCUGCAGUGGAAAUACGACAACCUUCACAUGUAACUCGACCGCCAAGCCGCAUGCAAUAGAAUACUCAUUGUAUCGCAACGGUCAGUUAGUAGAGGGGAGAAGCAGCACGGGGAAAUUUCAAKUACAAUUKAAUGAGACGGGAGAACAGAAUUUCACUUGCGUACCGAACAAUACUGCUGGAAUAGGAGAAACAAAGUCCAUUCRUUUCUUCGUGGCGGAACCGCCUGUUAUAUUGGUUUCACCUCAAACGGUUAGAAUAAUAGAAGAACAAACGCUAAGUUUAUUUUGCAAUGCUUCUGGACACCCAGCACCAAACAUCACGUGGUCUAAAAUUGGUAAAGRUGUAGUUGGUUAUGGGGACACACUAACUAUCGGCAGAGUAAACCGAACGGACAGGGGUUCUUAUCGCUGUUUUGUAAAUAAUGGAGAGGAUUGCAACCCAGAUAGCGCUAUAGCAGAGGUUACUGUUUUAUUUGCACCCAUUAUAACUAGUUCUUCACUCGCAUCCGGGAUUACCGACGAGAACGAAGAUAUGAUCCUAUUCUGCAAAGCUGAUGGAUUUCCAUUACCGAAUAUAWCAUGGACUAAAGGCAGUAGCCCUAAGGUUAUUCACACAGGGAACACUUUAAUACGUAAAGCAACACCUGAAGCUCAAGGGACAUACAAAUGCUCCAUAUCAAAUGGAAUUGGACCCAUAAAAACCAAGGAU